AUUCCUCUGGUUUGGACUUCUAACGGCGUGUUCGACGAUAAAUGUCGGAAUAAAUAUGUAAACGGUGCGACGAAUACUGAAGGAAAAAGACUACCUUUCGUGGCGGCAGCCAUGUCUUUGACAAUUCCCUGGCUGAAGAAACUGGUAUCGCUAAGUGUAGAGUUAUUCUACGACAAGAGCGUGCUGUCAUGGAGUAAACGUCUUCUAAGCUUAUCCGGUCUCUGGCCAAAUAAUCGGAACGACGUUCGGUUCUUCUUCUACAUUACGUACGUCAUGAUAUUCACUUGGCUGGAGAUCGUGACGCUAUUGCAGAACAUACACGACCUUGAGAAGACGUUGAAAAAUAUAACGCUAUCGUUCCCGACCAUCUUGAUAGUACUGAAGGCCACGAUGUUUCGGUUGAACAUGCAUCUCGUGUUACCUUUGCUGGCAGUCGUGAAGAGGGAUGUAGAGCAGGGCUUGUAUCAGUCGCCGGAAGAACGGCGAACGGUGGUAUGGUACAAUGUAGCCGCCACGUUGUUCUCCACCUCGUCCGCUUUGUCUUUGUUCUUCGUGCCCACGUUGUUCUACGCGAAGCCGAUCGUCAGCUGUCUUUUAUCGAGUUUCAACAAUUGUACUCUUCCUUACGAAUUGCCUAUGAGGGUGAAUGGAAUUUAUGAGGUAACAGAAAUGCACACGUAUGUGUUGUUCUGCAUUUAUUUAGUACCUGCGAGUACGUUACUGACUAUCGGUGCAACUGGCGCGGAUAGUCUUCUGGUAACGCUGACAUUUCACCUGUGUAGUCAACUCUCAAUUCUGUCGCAACGUAUAAGAAACAUUGAUAUCGAACCGCAAAAGCAUUUAUUAAAAAUGCGGGCACUCGUUGACCGACACAUUGAACUUUUGCGGUUGGCAGCCAUCUUGGCAAAAACGUUCAGUACGCUCAUGUUUGUACAGACAUUAGGUUUGAUAUUUUCCUUGUGCAUUGUGAUCUACCAAUUGCUAAUGACAAGUGAGUCCGGCGAAGACGUGAACACGAUACAUUUUAUUAUUUAUUCCUGUGCAGUCAUAUUAUUAGCAUUUUGCUACUGCUUUCUAGGAGAAUGUCUAAUUAUGGAGAGCAGUGAAAUACAAUUAUCCUGUUACUUUACGAACUGGUACGAUUUACCAGAAGAAUAUGCGCGUUCUUUAAUGUUUUGCAUCGCUAGGUCCCAGAAGCCAUUGUAUUUAACCGCUGGAAAGUUCUACGUAUUUUCGUUAGAAACGUUCGGCACUAUAAUGAAAGCAUCGAUGGCAUAUCUUUCUGUCAUGAAAAAUAUUAUUUAA